CUCUUCCAUCGCUUUUCUGUUUCUUCCCCCAAGGCCAACGCGUCCCCGUUGCUCGUCUUGCUGUUGCUGCUCGCCAGCCUGUAUUCGCUGCCAACUCACUUGCAUCACUGAGUGGAUUUCACUAUCUCUCUCAGUCCAGCGAUUUCAGCCCUGCUGUCCGAUUCGACCUCCCAAGCACGACAACGAGCUUGCGCCCAUCUAGAGCUACAUCCGCCGACUACCCGACACCCUUCUAGACAUCCGAUUCUGCGGAUCAGGAGCCAUGGCGGCACCAACUCAGCUUGCUUAUCGCACGUCGAAGACCGUCGGCGUCUUUGAUGCCACGCCAGUCUACGCCAACCUUCCUGGUUUCGCACGCCCCGAGGGCAACUUGCGCUGCUGCGUCUACUCCCCCGAUGGCCGAUUCUUCGCCUUUGCUUCGCCGGAAAACGUCAACGUCACCGAUGCGUCGACCGGACACCUCGUCACUACUCUGCCAGCGGAGAAUGUGUACGAGCUCGGCUUCUCCCCCCUCGGCACAUUCAUCAUCACCUGGCAGCGUCCUUCCAAGGAUGAAGAGGGCAAUGCGACCAAGAAUCUGAAGGUCUGGCGCACAAUUGAUGACAACGCAGGCGCGGGCGGCGAGCGAAGUGUCGUUGGUCAGUUCGUGCAAAAGAGUCAGACUGGCUGGAAUCUGCAGUACAGUCCAGACGAGCAAUUUUGCGCGCGCCAGGUCACGAACGAGGUACAAUUCUACGAGAGCAAAGAUCUGGGUACGGUAUGGCAAAAGCUGCGCGUGGAGGGCGUCAGUGACUUUGCCAUCACUCAGGGCAAGACACAUUCAGUUGCUGUCUUCAUUCCUGAACGCAAGGGCCAACCAGCCGCCGUCAAGGUCUUCAAGGUCCCGGAGUUCGCAUCUCCAGUGUCGCAGAAGACUUUCUUCAAGGGCGAUAAGGUGCAGCUCAAGUGGAACCAAGAAGGCUCCAGCUUGAUCGUGCUUGCGCAGACCGAGGUGGACAAGACCAACAAGAGCUAUUAUGGCGAGACAAACAUGUACAUCUUGAGCGCGAACGGCGGGUUCGAUUCACGCAUUACCUUGGACAAAGAAGGACCCAUUCAUGAUGUGACUUGGUCGCCCAACUCGAAGGAGUUCGGCGUUGUUUACGGCUACAUGCCAGCCAAAACCACCAUCUUCAAUCAACGAGCAGUUGCGCAGCACAGUUUCAACCUAGCGCCCCGGAACACCAUCAUCUUUUCUCCACAUGGCCGCUUCGUGCUGGUGGCCGGCUUUGGAAACUUGGCGGGCCAGAUGGAUAUCUAUGAUUUGGAGAAGAACUACGAGAAAGUAUGCACUAUCGAAGGCAGCAACACUUCUGUUUGCGAGUGGAGCCCCGACGGAAAGCACAUUCUCACCGCUACAACCAGCCCUCGUCUGCGAGUCGACAACGGGAUUCGUAUCUGGCACGUGGGCGGCGCCCUUAUGUACAACGAGGACUUCCACGAGCUGUACCAUGUUGUCUGGCGACCACAGCCUGUUUCUCAGCAUCCAUUGGGCAAUCCACUCCAAGCCGGUCCGCCACAUCCCUCAGCUCUCGAAUUCUUGGGCAAGAUCAAGACACCUUCGAAACCUGCUGGAGCUUACCGUCCGCCAGGGGCUCGCGGUACUGCGACGCCUCUUUCAUUCAAGCGCGAAGACGAGGGUGGCGCAGCUUUUGUACGAGAAAUGAUGUCUGGCAAGGAGCCUGCCACCGCAUUCGGACCUCGCGCUCCCAGGGUGCGUCAUGUUCCCGGCGCUGAGCCUGUCGAGCAGAAGCAAUUGCCGCCUGGUGCAGCACCUGGAGGUGGAGUGAGCUUGGUUCAAGAUGGCGACGAGAACCUCAGCAAAGCCGCCUUGAAGAACAAGAAGAAACGUGAAGCCAAGAAAGCGAAGGAUGCUGAAGCUAAGGCUACGGGACUCGCUCCCACGCAGAACGGCGAUGGUCAUGCUAACGGCACCUCGCCAGACCGUGCCCAACGCUCGCGCAGUCGAUCGAAUGCCGGAGCUAAGGGAUCGCGGCCACAAUCUCGGCGACGUGACGGUGCUCCACCUCAGCAGCAAAAACAACAGCCAAAGGGUGCAUCGCAGGCUGCAGCACCAGCCAAGCCAGCAAAUGGAACGAUUGUGCCUGCGCCACCAGCACCUCAGGUCGAGGUCACGUCUCCCGCCGCUGGAUCGCCGCAGGAGAAGAAGAUUAGGUCUCUUCUCAAAAAGUUGCGCGCCAUUGAUGAUUUGAAAAUGCGACAGGCUGGCGGCGAGAAACUUGAGGGCACUCAAGUGCUGAAGAUUGGUACUGAGGAGCAGGUCAGGAAGGAACUUGGCGCCUUGGGCUACCACGGUGAUUAGAGCUAGACUCAUCUAUCUGAUCGCCAUGUCUCUCCUCCACAACACGUACAGUUUCGGCAAAUCAUGAGCGCCUCGAGAAUGCCGUAUGUGGCAAUAUGUACAACUAUCAGAGUCCAAAGACACCAAAUGAUCUCCCAGCACCUUCCUCAUCUCGUUAGCCUGCUUUGAAAUUUCGUCUCUGAUAUUUUUUGCAACAGCAC